AUGUUCAAAAGGCAAAAACACAUAUUUUCUGCUUUAUCAAAGGCAAAAGACCUCCUAGGCUCCGCAAAGCGGCCCCGACUGGAUGCCAAUGGUAGUAGACAGGACACAUGCGUCAGUACAAAAUCUUCGAGUACGCAGCUGCGCCGUCCGCAACCCUCAUCCCCGCCUUCCAACCAGGUCAACGAGACACUGAGUGCAGACUCUUCCAACGUUUACUCAGCUCUGUCGGUAGUGCAUCCCACACUGGAGGUACCAUGUGCAGGCUCUUCAUUGCAGCCCAUUCCAACAUCCACUCUCAAUCUUGGCCCAGCGCCUGCGGAGAUAGACGAGGAUUCCUCGCUGGCACAGCGCAGAACCCAAUGUGUUGGCGUUCGGAUGCCACUACGCUAUAGACAAUAUGAGGACGUACUCCCGCAACCUCCCCCGAGCGUUCCAAGCUCAGCUGCCCAACUACGGGAGUUUAUCCAGCCCUCAAAUCUUACUGACGUGCCUACCACAACUUCUCCAUUAUUGCAAUCUACUCCUUUCUGCACGGCCAGGAAUGUUUUUGGGCUCGUACACCAGUUCUUCUCUUCAACACCCCCAUCUCAUGACCCAGAAGAGGCUGCAACACUUUUAGAUAUCAGCUCUAUCCCCACUGUUGCUCCAGCAGAUCUGGAUAGCCUUACCGAGCUUCACAACCCAUUUUACCCAUAUCCCAACAACUCGUCUUUUAAGCUCAGACAUUGGUACUGGAAUGGCAGUGUCCAGAAGUCGCACCAGAGCUUCAAGGAAUUACUUGAUAUUGUUGGAUGUCCGGACUUUGACCCUGGCGAUGUCAAACACACACAUUGGGACAAAAUAAACUCGCAAUUAGGUGCAAGCAUUGAUGAUGAGGGGGGAGACGAAUGGGAGGAUGAGGAUGUGGGUUGGCGCAAAAUGCCAAUAGUAAUUGAAGUGCCUUUUUCUUGGAAUACAGCUCAACCGGUGUGGGUACAAUGA